UUGACCCAGACGGUCGUUUCUUUUAUUUUUCUUUUCUUUUCUCGCAAUCUGCUCCAAAAGUUUGAACAAAAAUCGAAAAAUACAAUCUAAUCAUAUCACGGCAAAGUUUUAAUGUAAUUUAAGUUUUUAAAUUAUUGAGGUGCUCUUUAUGCCUUUUUAGCAUUUUCUUAAAUAGUUUUUACAUCAAAUAUACAUAAUAAUAAAUAUAGUUUAGUCUGAAGUAUUGUGAAAUGAAUGGAAUUGCUGUUGAAGCGGAACGGAGCGUGGAAAUGGCGGGAAAUUGUGACAGACAUUCAGCCGUUGAUGUUGUUGGCGAGGCGAAAAGGGACCAAAGAUGGCCGACAUCAGAUACCGACAGAUUAUCUGCUUACCCAAGCGGUGAUCGAUCAAAUCUGCUACGCUCACACGCGGCCAAAUCGGCAGAAUGCAGUCAAGGAUCUCCGCGCGCGAGGAGAGUACCCAGAGAGUCCCGGAGAAUUUCACUUGCGCAAGCACCGGGAUAUGUUCAGCUUAACCAAUAUAGACUGCUUGAGCCCAUUGGACAGGGUUCCUAUGGAAUCGUUAAGUUAGCAUAUAAUGAAGAAGAUGAUACGCAUUAUGCAAUGAAAAUUCUAUCAAAACGCAAGUUGAUGCGUCGCGCGGGUUUAUUUGGGCGGGCGCCCCCCCGCCGCCCUGGCCCGGGGCCGCCACCUGACCCGCUGCAAAGCAUCUACAGGGAAAUAGCCGUGCUCAAGAAACUGGACCAUCCUAAUGUAGUUAAGUUAGUUGAGGUAUUAGAUGAUCCAGCAGAGGACCAAUUGUACCUAGUUUUCCAGCUACUGGAGGGAGGACCUGUGAUAGAUAUUCCCACAGACAACCCCCUCAGCGAGCAGUUGGCAAGAAAGUACUUCAGGGACGCUUUACUCGGCGUUGAGUAUCUGCACUACCAGCGCAUAGCCCAUCGCGACAUCAAACCAGCCAACCUGCUGCUUGGUGAGGAUCGAGUACAGGUGGCAGACCUAGGAGCAUGUGGGGAGCUGGCAGGUGCAGGCAAACUGUCUGGAGCUGUUGGGACACCAGCAUUUCGCGCGCCAGAGGCUACGACCCUCAACGACAAAUAUAUUGGAGAGGCGGCGGACGUAUGGUCACUCGGAGUCACUCUAUACGCCAUGGUCACAGGCCGCGUUCCCUGGACGUCACCAACAGCCGCUGAGCUACAGAAGCGAAUCCUUUCAGAGCCUUUGGCGUUUCCUACACGACCCGCCCUCUCAAAGCCUCUUAAAAAACUGUUGUCACGCAUGCUUGAUAAGGAUCCUGUUACAAGAGCAACGAUGCAAGAAAUAAAGGACAAUGAAUGGAUAACCUGUGGCGGAAGAGACCUGCUGCCGUCAGAGCAGGAGAAUUGCAGAUUAGUCGAAGUGACAGAUGAAGAUCUAGCACGGGUAGUAACCUCCAUCCCCAACAUCUCCACACUCAUCCUCAUUAAGACCAUGCUCAAGAAACACAGCUUUCAGAACCCAUUUCUACGCAGUCGGGAGAGUAGCUCCCGUCGCGAAUCUAGUGAAACUGGGGAAACGGCGGUUGCUGUGCGAGGAAAACGCACAGCUUUGGCGCGGGCCGGACGCUCGCUGUCAGCUCCUGGAAACUAUCUUACUGACAAGCAAGUUUCAUUCGAUAUCAACUUGGAAGCUGUCGAAGAAACCAAAGAGAAACCAGAAACAAAACAAAGUGUCAGCAAAUCAUCCACAAAGAGCAAGGAAAGCAAAGAAAAUGAUCGAGCGGUUGCACCGCAACGGUGACGCGCGAACGCUCGUGACACGCCUUAAUAUACAAUAAGGCAUUUAAUGUGUGACUUCAUAGUUUUAAGGCUUAUCUUAAAUUUAAUAUUCAUGUCCGCUUUAACCACAAAUAUAUAUAAAUUAUUUUUUUAAUUAUAUUUUCGUUGUGAUAAGUUGGUGCAUGUGUUACUUAAAGGAAUCGAAUGGGAGAUAGAAGUAAAUUUUAGGAAUUAUUACGAAAAAAAAUCACAUAUUUUUUUCCCAUUCAAAUGUAUGAGAAAUAUUAAUCAGUGUUUUUACUUGGUUGUGAAGAUGGCACAUAGAUACAAUAUUUUAUCUUACACAAAAUAUAUUAAGUUCCGUGGUGAUAGCACAAAUUUUACAUAUCUCUUUAAUUUAUUUGUUCUGUAUAUAAAAAGCACUUUUCGCAAUGCUUACUUACUAAAAUAAAAAACAUUAUUUAGUACUAACAAAUCUUUAUAUCUACAACAUAUUUAUUAUACAUAAACUUUUCACAUCAUUAUUCGAAGCAAUUAGGAAUCUUUAUUAUUCAAAAGAGGUUUCAUAUGAAAAACAAUUUACCCAUGUCUUGCUUGCUCAAUAUUAACGUCUAAGCGGUUUAGAUGUGAAAGCAAAGGACGAAAAAAAAAUCAUAUUGAUAGACUCUCUGAGAAGUUGUACAAAGUACAUUACGUUAUUCAUUGUUUAUUAAAAUAAGUUUAAAUAGUUCCGGCAAGGUAUUUAGUAUAUAAUUUAAUGAUUAUUUUUGCUUCGAAUAAUGUAAAAAAUUAUGCACUAAAUUAAAAGGCUUAGAAUCUUAUUCAGAGUCGAGAUUUAACUUUAAGUAUCCCCUAUGUCUAAGUUCAAUAGUUUUUGACUAAGGUAACACCGCGCUUAGAGUUGACUCUAAGGGUGAGAUUCAGAAACGAUACGUAGUACGAACAAUGACUCCCGUACGUCAAAACCAUUACUUACUUCAAACGCUCGAAGUAAAAAAUGGGUUAACUUCAUGGCAAGUGAUGGCGAAUCUUGCGUCUCCAAACGGACAAUCUUUUAUAUAAAAAUGCAGAUAGUAAUGAUUCAUGAAUGAUGUAAUAUUUCACACAUUACACAAAUAAAACUUUAUAUUUUAUAUUGAUCGAUCAAGUUUCAAUAAGACCAUGUUUUUCGAUACAAUUAUGUGAAGUGGCCAUGGCGGCGACUCGGCCCGAGUCCCAGACUUCGAUCGUCUUACAAUACCUCUCUGAAUCUUGCCUUGCCUUCUGAAAUUUACCUUUAGGCUAGGGUUCAGACAUAAGUAAUAUGUCAAAUGAUCAGAUUCUGACAGAUCACAUAGUUACAUGACUCAAUCACUAGCCAUGUAUAAAAAUAAAUCAGUGCAAUUGGACCGUUUUAUCUAAAGUAUAUCUGUCGUUUAUAACUACAGCGUAAAAACAAUUUUGCAGAAAGAGUUCAAUUAGACUGACUUAGUUUUUACGAAAAAGUGGAUAUUUUAUCUACAAUUUUAGCCAAAGAAUAUGCACUAAUAUAAAUGAUAAGUUUAUAUUUUUGAAUAGUUCAUAAAGUCUAUAUCGGCUAUAGCUUACUAUAAUCAGUAUCCAUGGUAAAAUAGUUAUUGUCAAUAAUUUCCAAGAAUUUUAUAAGCGCCUGCAUAAAUUUUAAUAUCCUUCUAGUGUAAUUGCUCAAAUAGUAAUAGUUAUAAUAAUUUAACCAAAUAUUAUACAAAAUCAGAAAACAUCGAAAACACUGCCCUUAAUUAUUUGGUAAUUUAUCCAAAAUUAUAUAAUGAUUUUUACAAGUGUUUAUUAUUUCCAUCUGGCAGCCCUAUUAUAGAAAUAUACAUUAACUUUAUUGCCUAACUUGUAAUUUUCACUAGUCUUUGAAAUAAUGGCUUAUAAGCACACAAUGGUUAAUUCAGACACACAAGUUAAAAAAGUUAUUUUUAUAGACUUUCCACAUAUUUGUAUGUCGAAAAAUAUUUCAAAUAGUUAUGGCUGGCUUCGAUUCUCAUCGUUGUGGGACUUUGAUUCUUCAUGUAUGUCUGCUUACCACACAGCUUGCAUCUGUUGCACCUUUGACAUUAACAGUUUUUUGCUCAAAAAUUUGUUCCAUUGGUAUUGUUAUUAUAUAAACUUAUAUAAUUUUAUUUGUAACAUAAAAUUUAUCUCAUAUUAUUUCUAUUUGGAUGUAAGAUGACCAUCGUUCUUUAUGUUUAAAAGACGUGAUAUUUUGUCCAAGCUUAGUUUUAGGUUCGCAUUAUCCUCCGCAAGCGAAAGGUCCAAUUAUAAAGCCUUUGAAUGUUGUGAUAGUGAAUAGUGCUUAUAUAUUUCCCUAAAUUAUAUUCGGCUUAUAUUGUUGCCUAAAAUUCUGAACCACCAAUGCCUUAGUAUUUAACUAUAAAAACUCCUGAUAUACCAUCCUUUGUACAUUCAUUUGAUUACUUUAGAUAACAUUUCCUGUACCAUAGACGGAUUAGAACAUUCCCACGCUCUCCCCUCUUCUGUUUAUUAAAUAAAUACACGCCGACGUAUAAAUUUUCGUUUUUUUUAAUCUAAAUCGGCAACUUUGUGAAUGUAAUUAAUUACAAGAAUUAUUGCAAUGAAGCUCUUAAAAUCUGUGAUAGAUUCCUUAUUAGGCAAAAACAAUGAUAAGUACUAAAACCUUUGUACCAAUAUAUAUAGUGACCAUUUUAUUUAAUUAUCUUUUUUUACGUUUACUUUCUUCCUAUUAAUAGAAAUCCUAUCAUCGUAAUAAAAACGAACCAAUUAAGCAUUAUAUUAAAGGCAUUGGUAGUUCACAUGUAAAUGCGUCUUUGUAAACUUUUUAAAUUAUGUAAAUAUUGGGAAAAAUAUGUAACAAUUAUGAAUUUGUUAAGUGAAUUUUAUGAA